ACCACUUUUUUCACAACGUAUUGAUAUUCUUAAGAAGUAGAAAAUAUGGGUUUGAAAGGUAAGUUAAUUGCUUCAAUGGAGAUGAAUUGUGGAGGGGGCUCGAUUUUUGAUAUUUUUCACACCAGUACUCAUCAGGUACCCAAUAUAAGUCCUAGGACUAUCGCCCAUUUUGAGAUUCAUAAAGGUGAAACCGUAAAAACUGGUUCGAUUGUUAGUUGGAAAUAUAUCGAAGCUGGACAAGAUAAGUAUAUGAAGCACUUAAUUGAAGCCAUCGAUCCUCACAAGAAAUUGAUCAAAUGGAAAGUUAUUGAAGGAGAUUUAUUAGAGUUGUAUAAUUACUUUGAUUAUACAACAUCUUGUGACCACCAGUGGACUACUUGGACAAUUGAAUACGAAAAGAAAACUGAAGACACCCCAGAACCCCUCAUUCACUUUGGUAAUAUCCUUGACAUGACCAAGGAUAUAGAGGGUCACCUUCUCCAGAAAUAGUGUGUACAUAUAUAUAUAUAUAUACAGACACACAAACAUUAGAAGUAACUGUGUUUGUGUGAUGAAUAAUUUGCAACUAGCUAGCAUGUGGAAUAAUAAAUAAUAUAAUGUCAAUGUCCAUACACAUUAUAAGUAUGUGUGUGUUAGUGUGAUGAAUAAUUGGCUAGUUCUAGCAAGCAUGUGGAAUAAAUAAUGUUGUUUUUGAUGAAUA